CAACAACAACCACGACCAGGGCCUUCAAUUCCCUCCCUUGAAUCCCUCCCUAUGGACAUUAUUAUUACUUGAAAUCUCCAGAUAAUACUCUCUUUGAUACUUAUACGACAUUUGUCUCCCGUUCGUUACCGCCCGGAUAGCUAUGGUGAUCUCGUCCGCCCUCGUCUUCGCCCUCACGCUCGUUAGCGUAGGCGCAAGGGGAACUGCAGGCCUUCGAGACGAGCCCUCAAUUCUAAGACGAGCAUGCCCUGACUAUACUUCCUACGCAUCUAGCGCACAUGCUCCAUACAGCGGUGGUCCACUCAACCUCCCUUUCCAACGACCAGCUAGCGAAUGUCGGACAUUCAACUCCUCGGCCGUUGAACAGGUGAUUGAAGAUGUCACCUCGCGUAUGGUAGACAAGGACCUCGCCCAGCUGUUCCGGAAUGCCUUCCCUAACACCUUGGAUACCACCAUUCGGUGGCACGCCGACGGGGCCACAGCAUCAACAAGGAAAAGCAAAAAGAGUGGUGCCCAAUGGCAGGGCGCUCAAAGCUUCGUCGUGACCGGCGAUAUCAAUGCAGAGUGGUUACGCGAUUCUACCAACCAGCUCACCAAUUACCUGACCCUGGCGAAAAAUGAUCAGAGUCUCUACAACCUCAUCCUAGGCGCAAUCAACACCCAAGCCGAAUUCGUCAUACAGUCGCCGUACUGCAAUGCAUUUCAGCCCCCGCCUCCAAGCAAUCUCGCUCCCACCAACAACGGACAGAGUGAUAGCGUACAUCCGGCAUACGAACCAUCUGUGGUGUUCGAAUGCAAAUACGAGCUGGACUCCCUCGCGCAUUUCCUCGCCCUAGGCACCGAGUUCUACGAGAACACAGGUUCCACGCAAUUCCUCACCAGUCGCUGGUAUACAGCGCUGAGCACUGUCCUGCAAGUUCUAGACGCGCAAUCCCAACCAACCUUCAACGCUGAGGGCCAAUACGUCCGGAACCAAUACACAUUCCAACGGCAAACCGAUCUAGGAACCGAGACCCUAAACCUAGCUGGCAUCGGCAACCCGCUGGGCAGCGGCACAGGACUCAUUCGCAGCGCCUUCCGACCCAGCGACGACGCAACCAUCCUCGGAUUCCUCAUCCCCGCCAACGCCAUGAUGUCCGUCCAGCUCAAGAGAACCGCAGCGCUAAUCCGCGCCGCAGGUGGGAGCGCCGAUUUAGCGCAGAACCUCGAGCAAAGAGGCGACAACCUCCACCAGGCCAUUCUCCAGCACGCCGUCGUCAACCACCCAAAAUACGGCGACGUCUUUGCCUUCGAAGUUGAUGGCUACGGAUCCCGCAUUCUCAUGGACGACGCAAAUGUCCCUUCUCUCCUCUCCCUGCCGCUCCUCGGCUUCGUCGACCAAGACGACCCCGUCUACAAGAACACCCGCGAAAUGAUCCUCUCCAAGGACGGCAACCCAUACUACCUUACCGGUUCUGCUUUCCAUGGCAUCGGCGGUCCUCACAUCGGUCUCCAAAACGCCUGGCCCAUGUCUCUCCUCGUGCAGGCGCAAACCUCCUCCAACGAUGACGAAAUCACCCAAUGCAUCAACCUCGUCCGGAACUCCAGCCUCCUGGGUCUCGUGCACGAGUCUAUCAACGUAAACAACAUCAAAGAAUACACGAGGCCGUGGUUCGCAUGGGCGAAUUCCGUCUUCGCGCAGACCAUUCUAAAAGUCGCAGCCGAAAGGCCUUCUUUGAUUUUCGGGGACGGCGCCGCCCCUUAUAUUCCCGAGUAGUGCCUCCCCUCCUUGGUUCUUUUUGUUUGCCGCUGGGCUUGUUUCGUUGCAUAAGUUGUCGUUGACUUGGUUUCAUUCUUCAUUCAAGUAUGGCGUUUUAGGGGUUUCCCAGUGUAUUAAUUCAUUACUACUAGUAGUAGUAGUAGUAGUAUUAUUAGCAGGU